UAGGAUGUGUGUAAAUAUACCCUGUUCAAGAGAGACUUAACAGGGACUUGCAAAGGAGACUCAUAGGCUGGAUUUCUUCAAACUCAGAGGAAAAUUGACAGAAUUUUCUUUGGAUUAACUGUUUAAAAACCACUUAGGUAUGUCAGAAGGGGAAGACCUUGGACAGAGUCAAAGGUGGGAGGUUACUGAUUCCAAAUCUGAAUACAGAAUUAGACUGAACCAGUGUAUUGAAGAUGCAGUGAUGAGUUUCUUCCUAUUUCUCCAAGAAAUGUCUCACUUUAAAGAUCAGAAUCCUGGCAAGUUUUGCCUUCUGGUCUGCAGUGUGUGUACAUUCUUCACGAUCUUGGGAAGUUACAUUCCUGGAGUUGUACUCUCCUACCUUCUAUUACUAUGUGCCUUCUUAUGUCCACUCUUCAAAUGCAAUGAAUUUGGACAGAAGGUGUAUAGCAACAUGAAGUCAUUUUUCCUGAAACUGGACUUCGGUGUUAGGGACUAUGUCAACCAAAAACUGAAAGAGAGAGCUGAAAUGAUAAAAACAAAGCAAACAGAAGAUGACAGUGAACUAGACAUAUCAGCUCUGUGUCCUAAGGUUAGCCCUGCAGUUGUAGCCAAAGAGAUGUCUGUAUCGGAUACUGACAUAUCAGAGGUAUCUUGGACUGACAAUGGGACUUUCAAUCUAUCAGAGGGAAACACUCCGCAGACAGAUACAUCCGAUGAUUUUGAUCGACCAAGUGAUCACGAGGAAGCUUUUGCAAAAGAUCUUGCAGAAUUUCCAUCUGUAGAAAACGGUGCAGGAACAAAUGAUGAGGAUGAUUCGAGCCUUGGCUUGCCUGUCCAGCAAGACAGAAAAAAGGACCAUCGCCCUGCAGCAGCAGAUCAGGGUACCAGGGAAGCCAAGGAGGGGCACUCUGCAGCAGGCCUCUCCUUGCCUCUGAUCAAUGACCAGGCCUUCAACUUAGUAAGAGCCAUUGCCAGCGAUGUUGUUACAUCCGUGGUGUCAGCAGCUGUCAGAGACCAGUUGCAGUCUAUCCAAGCAGAGCCAAAUUUAAAUGAAGAGACAGACACAGAGGAAGGAGAUGAUUUUGAACUUCUUGACCAGUCGGAGCUGGAGCAGAUGGAAAGUGAACUGGGGCUUACCAAAAGCCAAGAGGCAGAACCGCAAAAAAAGAAGAAGUCCUCAGGCUUCCUCUCAAACCUGCUUGGGGGCCAUUAAUGUGGAAACUGGAGGUGCUUAAUCAUAUAGCAAAAACAAAAUAUAGACAACAUGAAAUGCAAAAAAAAAAGAAAAAAGAUGAGCUGUAGGCUUUAUUAUUUUAGAUGUGCUGUAAUGUCCUUCAUGCAGAGUGAACUAACUUGUUAUAGCUGACUUGAUGGUGGUAGUUUUGUUUUUGAUAGUGAUGACAUAGAAGUGAAAAACCUGUCCCAUUAUUUUGUCUCAAAGGAAUUUAAGAGGCAAGAAUUUUAAAUAUACAGAUAUGUUAAAAUUGCCAAAUGUAGCUCUCCUUUUGGCUGUAACCAAAUCCUCUUCACCUCCAGCCUGUUUACUCUUACUUUUCAAACAUUUAGGCAGCAGUGCUUCAGGGAGAGGAAAUAUCAAGAGGAAUCAAGAAGCCAUCAUAUCCUAGUUGCCUACUAUGUAGCAGAAUAUUUCAACCUCAAGAGUAAACAAGUGUCUGGACCCUUUUUUCAAAUAUCUCUGAUGGGCUAAUCCAGACACCAUCAGAAUCAAUUGUCAUAUUUCGUGUUGCCUGUUCUAAGCCCCAGAUAUUCUUGUGGCUAGGCAGUGUGAGGCAUUUUCAAUUAUGUCCAUUCUUACAGGCUUUGGAGCCGGACAAAAUGGUGAGAUUUCAUGCUUCCACAUACUGUCUCGUAUUAGACCCACAGAGGAAAACAAAAACAUUAUGUCUGAGAUAUAUAUGCCAUCUACAUGUAGCAUUUGUAUAUGUGGAGUGGGGCUGGAUUUAGGGGUGGGGGAACAGGGAAAAAUUCACUUUUGAAUGGAGUCAGCAGUCUGUUUGCUUCCAGUUCCAUCAAUGUUAUGUUCUUUUGUCCUAGAAAGUAAGUAUUUGAUUACCUUUAAAAUCAGACUUGCUGUAUUCAAUUCUGCAAGAACUACAGCUGCAGAAUAUUCCUGGAAUAUAAGUAGAGGGUCUUGCCAUAAAACCCUCCUAACUUUAACACCCCAAAUAUUCUGUGGCUGACCUUGGGUCACCUUUAACAUAACUCUUCUAAGUUUUGUGGUUUGGGUUUACCUUUAAAAUUGGUGGUAACAGGCAGUGCCUUAUCAAGGUAGACCAAAGUUAAAAGAAUUACUAGUUCUAAUAGUAUGGUAUAAAAAGCCAUCAGAACUGAGGGACCAGAUAUGCUAUUUUGACUAAUCUCAAGCUGUUUAACAUUUUAACUGGCAUUCUAACAGGUAGAAAUUACUGUUCUGUGACCUGUCAAAAGGACAGCCCCAGUGUAUAGGGUGGUUCUCCUCUUCUGGCAUAGCUGCUGCAUUCGCUAGGCAACAUGUAUAGCAAAUACCACUGCACAAUACACUGACUUGGGAAGAAUGUGAUGCUAGUAGUUCAGUGUCAGUUCUUCUCAUCCUUCCUUCCCUAUCCAAAGUGUUUAAUAAGACCCUGUACAGAGAAGACCAAGCAACCCGGUGUCUGCUCUCACUCCAAAGUAGCUGGGUCAGUUGUCCCUAUACCUUUUGGCAGGAUGAAAAUGUCACCACACUCCAGCUGCACCAACUAAAACAGUUGUCCUCAAUCACAAAGAGUGCAAAAAGGAUCUGGAAAUUUGCAAAAUACUACAGACUCAGAUAGACACUUGCUUACCACGGAUUGUGCUUGUGGCUCUAUGAGGCAUAGAAACCAUGUUUUCCUUUGAUCAAGCUGGUGCCUCGAUACUUUAGCCUAGAGUCACAUUGGGUGGAAGUGGAUUCAAGAUCCCGCAAAUCAGAGGGACUUCAGCAUGAUCCUAAACGCAUCAGUACUCUGGAGUAAGACCUGCUGAGGUCAGGAGGACUUGCUGCAUAGCAAGUGUGAUUAGCAUUGCAACCUCUUCCAGGAAAAAACAGGACUUAAUACAGGAUUCUGAGUUAUCACUACUUAAACAUGCUUCCACAAAUAUACUAGUUUUCUCAGAUUUUUUAAAGGGAUAUGGGAAAACACUUCCACCUUACAGUGUACAAUUCUUCUUAAACAGAGGUACACUAAGGAGAAGCUCAUACCUGUUACUAAGCACAUGCUUCCUUUUCAUGAAGGUACAGCUAAUACAACUUUAUCCAUCAUAAGGACAAGGCCAUAAUCCUAAAUACACCCACUUGAGAGUAAAUUCCAUUAAAUUCAAUGGAUUUAUAUCCAAGCAAGGAUGGACUCGUUUGCACUGUUAAAGGGUUGAGGCUACUUGAAGGGAGAGCAGAAAGGAGCUAAAAGAAGAUACGUGAGUAAACUGGUAGAGCAUCUUCCCAGCUCAUACCAGUUGUGUUGUAAAUUGUAACUCUGUGCACUUUAUUGUUUUGUUUAAGAAAUGCUUCAGGGAUUUCCAAAUAAUCAGAUAUAGUGGGACUCUUCUAAGGAAUGAAGUUCCAUUCAUUACCAAAAGCAGCUGAAAUGUCUGCUUGAGACUUCUUGUAAACAAUUCUCUUUCUGGUAUCAAGAUAAGGUACAAUCCUAAGAGUAUAACAUAAAAACCUCGGUUCUGAAAAUAUUUGUGUAGCUGCACUGAUUUCCCACCUCCCCCUACCUCCAGAAUUUUACACAGAAAAAAAGAUGUGUUAGAUUUGGAGGUUGGCUUUUAAUGGUUCUAACAUACAGGCUGGGAUCCAAAGAAUUACACAAAGAACAUCCAAGGAUUUGGCACAUGGUUUAAACAUGUGCUUACUCAUGAGAAAUAGUAAAUAUAAGGAUGUCCAAAUUCUAUAAAAUGACAGUUUACUUAAUUCUCUCCAGGGUCUUUUUGCAACUCAGAAUUGUAAUAUAAGAAUUACCCCUUGGAACCUCACAGCUGAACUGAUAAACAGUUAAGGCUGAAUUGCUAAGUGUACUGUUUAGGAAGCAUCUAUGUUUACAUGCAGUGAAACAUCCUCCUGAGGGAACAAGAGGCUGAAUCCUAAGCAUACAUACUUGAAAGUAAAUUGCAUUGAAAGCAGGAGGAGUUGUUUGCAAAUCAACAUGGACAGAAUUGGCUUUAAAUGCUUAGCUUGCAGUGCCUGCUUUUAGAAACAACAGACUGGAAUUUACUUUUAACAAAUGAAAGGUUAAGAAUGACAGUGUUCAAAUUAUCUCUGGAUGGCCCAUCCUGGUGUUUAACCUAUUUAAUAUCUCUAUCUAUCCUUCAAACUUUUCCAUAUAUCUCCUUCAUGGAAGCACGGGCAUAUCAUCUCUCAUAAGAACUGAACAAAGGAACUUCUUGAAGAACUAUAAUAGUGUGGAUUUGGGGCUAGUGUUUGUUACAUAACCACUUGCAAGAUGACUUACAAGGGUGGUGGUCUUCUGGUGGUAUAUCACCAACAUUAAAUGUAACAGCGCUUAAAAUCCCUGCUAAUAAUUCUAGUAUUUAGUGAUGUCUAUACUGCAGACAGAAGUUAAUAUCGAACUACUUCUGGCAGUCCCUUUAACCUCUCCUAUACUUUCCACCUAGAGCAUAAAUUCAGCCAACAUAUACUGAAGUCUACAUGUUACAGAAUUUGGUAUCUUCCCCCCACCCCAACUCCAAGCCCCCCCCCAAAAUCUGUAAAAAUCAGCUGCUUCUGUAUAACAAAGUUCAAAUGUAAAGUACGUUACAGAUCAACAUUUCCUUAGAAUAAGUACUUGCAGAGAUGUUGAGGAUGGUCAUGAAAGACUGAGUAUUUCAUUUGAGUCUCCGUUCGGUCUAAAUGGGUGUUGCAUUGUUGUGGGGUACAGCUUAAUAGUUGUGUCUAGCAGAACCAUUAAAUAAAAAGAGCAUGUGAAAGCACUUUUGCCCAUUGAACUCAAUAGACAAGAGUUAGGUAUGUGUUUGGCUUUGAUUGGAAUCCUUUAAUUAAUUAAUUAUACAAAUUGAAUAUCAACUUUUAUAUAGAAAUCUUUUUGGAACACACAGUUAAAGAUUAAAUAGUGGAGGUAGAUUCUAAUGAGUAAAAUGUACAUUUUGUUCUUUAUGUGUGUGGUUUGAUUCUCAUGACUAUUUAAGCCACACAUAUUUACAGGUAUGUCUUUACAAAUUUACUUUUAUUAAAGAAGCAGUGCAGCAUUUUGGGCACCAUCUAUCCACAUAACCAGAAACUGGAAUUUUACAAAAGUCUUAAAUAAUUUUAAGUAUUUUGCAGCACUUUACCUAGCAUGAUUACUGUUUUACAAACAUGGAACUAUUAUUAUUAUUUUCAUUAUUAUUAUAAAAGUGGUUUGAACCAUUUAAUGUCUGUGUUUUUUCUUUCUGUGUUAGUUGUCUACAUGUUAAUAGUAAAUUCAUUGUCAACUUUAUUUUGAUUUUCUAAUCUAUAUGAACCACUGUAACAGCCUGGAGGAUCAUAUUAAAUAAAACAUUUAAUCUUAAA